GUUUGUUCUGUGCCCAGUUAUAGAGAGGAGUGCAGAAUAAUCAUCAUGGCAGAAGGAAAAGGAGCAGCAAUGGCAGAGGAAAAUGAAAUAAAAAUCCAAGAAAAUAUUGACAAUGAUAUAGAUGCGGCAUGUCAAUAUAUGCUAUCAUCAUUUAAGAUACUAGAUAAAGCAUUAUCUCUUAGUUAUACACCAGAACAAUCGGAAGACAGUAUGAGUAAAAGCUGCAAAAAUAAAAGUGAUACAAACAAAAAGGAAGAUUUAGAAGUAAAAGUCAAAAAGAUAAAACAAGAUGAUAAGACAAAACCUAAAAUAAAAGGAGGUGAAGUAUAUAAUUCAAAAUCAAAGCCUAAGUCAGCAAACAACACACUGAUAAAUGAAGGUAAAGAUGGUGAGAAAUCAGCGUUAUUUAGAGGUCAAACAAGGAAUAAAGUUGGUAAACCUGUUGGCAAGACCGUAAAAGAGCAGGAUGUAAGAGGCAAGACAAUUUCAAUCAAGCCAAAGAAUAAAGUUGUUGGAGUGAAUAAAGAUACAAUGAAAGGAAGCACACUGAAUGAACAAAAAGCUGAAUCCAGUUCUUCAGUAAAGACACCAAAGGAGGGCAGAAGAAUACCAACCAAACAGAUGCCAAUUAAACCUAAGACAAAAUCAGCUGACACAGACAAAGAUUCAACCAAAAAAGAGAAGAAGGAAACACAGGCCCAGAAAAAAGCAAUAUUGGUGAAGCCACUUGGAGUCAGACAUUUAAUAUCAAAACCGAGUCCCCAAGUUGAAAGACAUACUCCAAUAGUCAAACCAAAGAUUCUGAAAAGUAAUGUUGCCAGUAAGGAACUAGAAAAGAACAAAGUUGUGAGAACUAAAGACAUUGAAAAGGAUAAGGACAAAUCAACCAAAGUCAGACCAAUGACAUAUUUCAAUAGCUCAUUAGUGAAGUCAAAAGUUAAAUCAACCAAAGAGGUUGCUUUUAAGAAAGUUGAUGAAAAAAGUGAUAAAGAAAUGGCUUCACCCAAGGCAAGGAUUCAGACAAGUGGUUCUAAAAAUCCUAGUUCAAUAGGGAGAAAAAAUGAUAUUAAAUCUCCGAAUGAGGAAAUAAUUAAGAAAACAACAAGAAAAUCUGACCAAAAAAGCAAUCCAGUAUCAAUGAAAUACGUCAAAUCUGAAACACAAAAAAUAAAAACCAAUGAAAGUUUGAACAAACAAAUAGAUAUAAAAGUCAAACAAAAAGAUCAAUCAAAUCCUGUUAAUGAGAGAAGCACAUCAAUAAAAAAGGAUCCACCAGUCAAGAAAUCAAUAGUUAAAACUACACAAGCAAGAUCAAGUGCAAAGAAGAAAGAUAACUUAAACAGCAAGGUAAUACAGAACUGGAUGGAUGAGAAAAAGAAGGAGGUUCAACCAGCUGGAAAAUUAAAGAACAGUAUAUCUAAUCAAGUUGAGAAGGAAACUACCAAAUCCUUAAAGAAUAGCUUUGACUUGGAAACAAAAGUAAGACAUUUAAAGGAAAUUGUCACAGCUGUUAUUGACAAAAACAGGCAAGAUAUGACACAUAUACAGAACAAAGAGGAUAUAAAUGAAAGUAUUCUCCAGGAAGUGGUACAUGAUGCUCUGAAUAGAAAUACAUCUGAGAUGGAUAAGAAUGUGGAACUGAAUGACAAUGAUGGGGAUCAAAAUCAAAUGGUCCACGGCCAAUCAGAAGGUGAUAACAAUGCAUUUGAAUGGUGUAAGAAGAAGGAAGCAGCAAAGAAAGUACGAGUAAACAAUGUGAUGUUAGAGGACAAUACAGAAUAUGAAGUUUCAAAACAUGAGAAUGUAGGACGUGAUAAUACUUUUACAGAUAUGUCUAGAAAUGAAGAUGAUGACAAAAUGAUUAAGGUAAAUGAAGAUGAAUUGAGAGAGAAUAAUGUUGAAAAUGUUGCCACCAAAUCAAUUCUUAAAGCAAGUAAUAUAUAUAAGGUAGGGAAGGAAUCAAACAAAACAGCCGAAGAAACAAAUGCAAAUACAGACACAUCAAGAACAAAGAAAUGUGAACCAAGCACCAAAAGUGGUCAAGAAAUAUUCAACGAUGAACAUUCUUUAUUUGCAAGAUAUGCUGAAGAAAUUGCUGAGCACAUUACACAAAGUGCAGUGACAAAUAGUUUAUCCCUUUUUGAAUCAGAUGACAAAGACAACCAAUCCUUUCAUAUAAAGGACAGAUCAAUCAUUAUAAAGAAUGACAACACAGAUUAUGAAUCUGGAUCUGACACUGUCAAAGAAAAUUGUGAUGGAAAUGAUGAACAACAAUUAAUUGCAACAACAAAUGAUCACAAAAUUAAGGGUCUAAAUGCAAGGGAUUCAACUGAUGAGUCAAGUUCUAACAUUCAGGUAAUUUAAGUAUUUUAGUCCUAAAUUAUUGAUGAUCAUCCACAACAUAGAUAAACCUAAUACCCAAUAUGAUAAAAGGGCAGGAACACUAUCAAGGGAACAUAGUAUUAGUGUGAACCAUACCUGAUAAAGCUUUCCAAAUACAUUAUUUAAGUGUAGAAUGAUCACCAUGACACUAAGCUGUUGUUGGAUGUUUGUAUGUGCCCUUGAAGGUUUUGCAUUGGCCCAUGUUCAAGUGUUUCAGUCUGAUGUUGUUAUCUCUACGCCUUUUUCAUUCUGCUUUAGUCACUGGUAUCAAUGUUGAAUGGUAAUGGUUAGAAAUUAAUCAACUGAAUAUCUAUCUGUGCAGAUU